CGACACUUGAUUACGCCAACAAUGACGUCUAAUGUUGAGGACAAGCCUGAAUGCUUUCACCACAGUUGUGAGAAACGGAAUGUUUGUUUUGAACCCCAUAACUACGCUUAUUCAUUUUUGAACGUCUACUUGUCUGGUCGACAAUGACUCCUGAACUACCCGUGAAGCCUGCCUCAUGUUUAUCCGCAAGUUGAGCUGCUUCAGCGCCUCCCUCCUCCCCCAGCACAUCAUUGCAUGCAGGCUGAGCUCCAAGAGGAAGAGUAGUAUCUCCUCCGCCUUGUCACAUUCCUGGUUCACCCCCACUCUUCGUCCAUGGUUUCAGGGAUCUCAUUUGCUCCCUCCGUCCCUACCUACUGCCCCCCGUCACGUUAUCUCCACAAGGCCUACGAGUUGGUUUUCCACCUGUGUCGGCCUCUUGAUGGAUCGCGGAGGCCAUGAGCCUCCGUACAAACGGAAGAGGAGCGCUGAGGAGAAAACAGUCAACGUUGGGGAUGUAAACAGAGAAGAAGCACAGCCCCCUGGAUGGGUGAAGUCAAACAACGGAGGCAGCAGGAGGGAGCACCAUAAUCAUUGUCACAAAGAUGCACAGCCUCAGUCGAACUCUCGCAUAAGUGAUGCAAUUGGGCAAGGACAAGGCAGUAAGAGCAAAUACAUUGCAAAGGCUAGAAGUGAAAAUAGAGUUAAAGAUGGCAGCGGGCUUGCAAAGGCUCAAAGCGCCUGGUCCAAAGCUGACAAAAUACAUUCUAAUGGCGGGUAUGGAACAGCAGCAGAGGAUGUGCUAGGAGACAAGAGGAGCGAUGAAACCUGGCCUCAACUUGGGACAUCCUCAAAGCUGCACGAAGCAGCUUGGAAGCCUCCUCCACCUCGACAAGCUCAAAUGGAAGGCCUCCACAGACGAUGGGAGGUGUCACCAGCCUGCCAUACCAAAGUCUUGCCACCAAGAGGCAGCUGGUUGCUUGACUUCUCAGUGAUGUCUUACAACAUCCUGUCCCAGGAGCUGCUCCAGGACAACGCCUACCUGUACCAGCACUGUCAUCCUCAUCUCCUGGACUGGACAUACCGCCUGCAAAACCUGCUUGCAGAGAUACAGAAAUACGACGCUGAUGUGCUGUGCCUUCAAGAGGUCCAAGAGGACCACUUUGAAAACCAUAUCAGACCUGCUCUCAAAGCUCGAGGCUACCAGUGUGAGUACAAGAAGCGAACUGGGCAGAAACCCGAUGGUUGCGCCAUUGUCUUCAAAACCUCGCGCCUUUCGCUCCUCUCAUCCCAUCCUGUUGAGUUCUUCCGGCCCGGCGACGUCCUCCUAAACCGCGACAACGUGGGAUUGGUCGUCCUGCUGCGGCCCAGCCAUACCACAGGAGCCUCAGACUCUUCCAACUUUCUUUGCGUGGCCAACACACACCUCCUGUACAACCCACGCCGAGGUGACGUCAAACUGGCUCAGCUGGCCAUCCUAUUGGCCGAGAUCAGCCGCUUGUCCCGCCUACCGGAUGGCUCCAGCAAUCCGGUAGUCCUGUGUGGAGAUUUUAACUGCACCCCCUGGAGUCCGCUCUUUAACUUCCUGACCCAUGGCUGCUUGGAGUACAGAGGACUUCCCAUCAGCUUGGUGUCGGGUCAGGAGUACUCGAGUGGUCAGCGGCACCUCAAGGCUCCCAUCUGGUCGGCCAGUUUAGGAAUCAACCAGCAGUGUCAGUACGAGAGCACCUGUCCUGCUGCUGAAUCAUCGUCCCCCUGCGCCACAGUGGUGAAACAAAUCUCGACGCUGACGGUUGAAGAGCUGGCCAACAAAGCUGCUGCUGACAAUUUGAAAAGGUGGAGGAUCGAGCACGGCUUGAAACUCCGUUCUUCUUAUGAGCCUUGCCUGAUGCCUGACUGGAGACCUGCCAUCACCACCUGUCACUCACACACCGCCAUGAUGGUGGACUACGUCCUGUACACGCCUGUCUUGCUUCCUGGUGGGCGGGGCCUCCAGCUGCUGGGAAAGUUGUCAUUGGUUGGCCAGCCGGAACUGUGGAAUGUCGGCGGUCUGCCCAAUCAGCAGCACUCAUCGGACCACCUUCCUCUGCUGGUCCGGUUUCGCUGGGUUUCGCUGGGAGGCAGCCAAACAUGACAUAAAACUAAGGAUCGUCUUUAAGGUUUUUCAAUUUUAUUUUUUUUAUAGAAGCAUAAACUUUGCUGAUGAUACUUGAAGUGUAGUUUGGACUCAAAAUCUUUUUAAAACUUCCUUUUUUGUGAUUACCUCCAUAUUUUAAUCUGUAUUAGUCAGCAGGAAUGUAGAAAGUCACGUUUGCUACCAUCUUUUUGAAAACAUCUUCUAAAAAAUAUUCAUGCAAGAAUUUUAACAAUUAAAGAUUUGAUGUGCUGUA